AUGAUCCUUGUGUUUAGCUUUUUAGUCAUCUUGUGUCAGCAAGUGUUUUUAACUUAACCAACGUUUUAACUUGCCCAGCUUUUUUAACUAAACCAGUGUUUUUAGCCAUUUUCAUUGACCAUUGAGUUUCUCCUUUCGUCCAUCUUCCUUUUAGUGUGCCAUCAUCCCCGACAUGGAUAAAGACAUUUCCGAAAUUACCGAUAAAUGGAAAAAUAUGAACCAGACGCACAUUGAUACAGAUGAAAAAAUCGGACCCUACCUUGACAAGUACUUCAUGAAAUACAAGAAAACGAUUUAUGACAGUGCUCUAUCAUUAUUCUAUGCUUUGGAUACCCGCAAUUUAAGAAAGUCACAUAAACACGAACCUAUCAGUAUUCAAGCGUUAAAAUGCUUCAAAGAUUUUGUGGAUAGAAACCAAGCAACUAUAGAGGAAGCGUUUCUGGAACAGAAAGUAAUUUUGCCGGCCUGUCAAUUCGCAAUCUAUAGAGAAAGUGAAACUUGGAUCAGCACAAUCUGUAAAUAUUAUCAUGUGGAAAGUUUACCUAAGGCGGAUAGGAUUCGUUUGCUUCAGAAAACGGUUAAUGAGAAAAAAUUUUCAUCUGCAGCAUGGUUUGCUAUAUAUGCUAAGGUUAUUCGUGAAUUUAAUUUACAAGAUAUUUAUGUCCCUUUGAUAUGCCAAACUAGAAUCAGUGUGGUUGAACAAUUGAUGAAACAAGAUCCAGCUAUCGCUCAGGAUGUUGUUGCAUGUAUGGAUAAAUAUAUUGAUAAUGCAGGAGAGUUGGCGUCUUUUGCUCGAGAUAUUCCUGGCGCUAAUUUUUGCCUGCUCAAUGAUAAAGGAAUAGCUAAAUUUGCUAAACGUUUGGCUCGAGAGUAUAAAGUCCCAAUACAAAUUUGCCCCAGAAUAGAUUACAAUGCUAAAAUGAAUGCCAUUAAAUUCCUUUUCAGGCGAAGGUACGAACAGCGCAAACCUAUGGACAAAAGGACUUGGGAAACAAUGAUAGAUUCAGUGUUUGACCUGGAUAGUCCAGCAUCAGAGGACAAUAAUCUUGUACUGGAGCUAAUUUAUGACCUUACUAACUAUCAACAAUACGAGGAAGCUAGACGUUUGGCUCAUUUACAUCGUAUACCAGAAAACAAGUGGCCAAAGUUACUAUUAAGUAACCGUUCUAGUCCUGACAGACCUUUAUCUAGACUUGGUAGUGGGAAAAUAAUUUCCGAUCGGAAUCCAAAACUUGUUUCAGUUGAACCUGAAAAAUAUUCAGUUGACUUGCCAGAUGAUAAAAUUUUUUAUAUCAAUAGUCAUGAGAAAUUUAAAGAAAUGAACUCUUAUAUUACUAAACAUCCAUUAUUAGCUAUCGAUACGGAAUGGAAACCGAAGCUGGGCUUACUCAAUGAAUGUAAUCCAAAAGCAGCGCUAGUACAAAUCGCCUGUCAAGAUCGGAUUUUUGUGGUCGAUGCAGUUGAACUGUGUCGGGAUAGUGAAUGGGCCACCUUUGUCAAUGCGAUCAUCAAUAACCCUAAUCUCAUCAAAUUAGGAUUCUCGAUCCAUAACGAUUUACGAGCUAUUUCUGAAUUGAUUGCUGACAUGAAUAUCGAAACCAAACCAGAAAGUUUUAUUGAUUAUGCGCAAUUUCAUAAAUCACUCGUACAAGCGUUCAAAAUACCUUUACCUGAUUAUCCUGCUUCAUCUGGAGGUUUAUCCAAGUUAGCUUAUACAGUUUUAGGUAAAUAUCUCGUCAAAGAUGACCAAUACACCAAUUGGGCGAUGAGACCUCUCACUACUGAUAAAAUUAUUUAUGCCGCAACUGAUGCAUACGUAUUGCUGGAAAUUCACGAAAAACUUGAAAGCUGGUGUCAAGAAAGAGCAAUUAACUACGAAGUUUUAAUGAAAGCGCUCCUGAAAAAGGACUCGACGAAAAACAAAGUUAACAUAAAAUAAAUUAUUCUUGCGAAAGCAAUGUGAUGUUAAAAUACAAUGUAAUUUAACCAAAAACAAUUUAGACAAGACAAUAAAAAUAAUUUUAGCGAUUUUGGAUAAAUAUUUUAUUUCUUUUAUUCGAUAUUGGUGUCAAAGCAUUUGGUUGGUUAAAAUAAAUAUAAACACGAAAAAGUCUGA